CGGGAAGGGCCGGGAAGAUGCUGGAGACGCUGCGGGAGCGGCUGCUGAGCGUCCAGCAGGACCUCACCGCCGGGUUGAAGACUUUGGGCGACAAAUCAAGAGAUGCAAAGAAAAGCAGACAAAGAACUGCUCAGUGUUUGCCAGAAUUUUCUGCUGGACUGGAAUUACUAAGCAGAUAUGAAGAUGCUUGGGCUGCCCUUCAUAAAGGAGCCAAAGAUUGUGCCAAAGCUGGAGAGCUGGUCGAUAGUGAAGUUGUGAUGCUUUCUGCACAUUGGGAGAAGAAAAGGAACAGUCUGGUGGAACUGCAGGAUCAGCUUCAGCAAAUACCAGGAUUUUUAGCAGAUCUGGAAUGCCUCACAGCGAGCCUAGCCCAGCUAGAGGCAAACUUUGAGGAAAUGGAGAAUCAUCUAUUGUGUCUUGAGGAAUUAUGUGAGCAGUGUGAAUUGGAAAGAUACAAAUGUGUGCAGACAUUACAGCUGGAAAACUACAAGAAAACAAAAAGGAAGGAACUGGAGACCUUCAAAGCUGAACUCGAUGCUGAACAUGCACAGAAGGUUUUGGACAUGGAGCACACCCAGCAGAUGAAGCUGAAGGAGCGCCAGAAGUUCUUUGAAGAAGCCUUCCAGCAGGACAUGGAGCAAUACCUUUCCACAGGAUACUUGCAGAUAGCAGAGAGGAGAGAGCCAAUUGGAAGCAUGUCUUCCAUGGAAGUGAAUGUGGACAUGCUGGAGCAGAUGGACCUAAUGGACAUGUCAGACCAGGAAGCACUCGACGUCUUUUUAAACUCAGGAAGCGAAGACAAUAAUGUGCUGUCUCCCAUGCUGGGGCCUGAUUCCAACACCUACGUGAACGAGAUCAGCCUCCAGGUGCCGAGCCAGUCGGAGUUACGGCAGAAACUCUGUUCCCUGUCCUCCACCUGCACCGACUCCGCCAGCCAGGACGCGAGCGAGGGAGAGUCCCCCGUUGUUCAGUCUGAUGAAGAGGAGGUUCAAGUGGACACUGCCCUUGCUGCUGUCACUGAGAGAAAGGGUGCUUCAGAUGGCAGUGAUGAAAGUGACUCUCAAACUAUUUGAAUCUUAAAACCAUAUCCUUUAAGAAUGACUUCUGAAUGAAUGAACAAGUGAAUGAAGAGCUUGCCUGUGUAACAGUUUGCUAACCAAGCAUAACAGCCAGAUCUUUUUACUUAGUAAUACUGCCUUUUUACAAAAUUGCCAGUCAUGUGGAGGUUGGUUUUUAAAGAAAAAAAAUUAUGCCUAAAGCACACACACUUUAACAGUAGUCUUGGGGCUCAGGGGAGCAGUAAAACUGUUGUAUAUACUAUGUAUAAGAGAAUCUAAGGGGAAAGGUAGAAGUUACUUUGACCACUAACCUUUAAAUGGCUGAUUGGAAGUACUUAAGAGUUGAUGUGUAACACUGAAUCCAAAUUGUUCCUUGCAUGUUUUCAGCUGCUGCAACUGAAGAUUUAGGAUCCAAACCAAAAUGAAAAGCUAUUUUCUACUCUUUACUACCUACUGUCUGCCUCCUGCCUUUGUCUACUAAUGCAGCAGUGUCUACUGUUCUCACACUUCUUAUUCAGGACCAACUUAGUUAUAGGUGUUAAGGAAAAAAUAAGAAACCCGGGAAGGAGGAGAGAUGCAUUUGGAAAUGUUGCACUCCUUGUGGAGCAGGUAUCUUAGCAUUGUGUACUUACUCCUCUUUCGAGAUAAAAUAAAGAAUUUCUAUCCCAACCAUGUCUUUUACUUGAUUACCCAGGUAUUUUUUCCAUGACAAGUGAACAGAGGAGCCUAACUCAGGAAAAAAAAUGGUUAUUAGGAGCACCAUGGUAACAUCUAUUUGACUACACAAGGGAGAUAAACCUGAAUUAAUUAUUAAGUGCGUGUAUUUUAGAAACCUCAGGACCUAUAAGCAUCAUCUCAUUCCCAUUUUUUUCUGCAGUUGUUUUUGUUUCUGAACUCGAGGUCUGACCAUGUCUAACUCCUGUUGCUUGUCAAGUCUCAUGCUCUAUUUUCAGGGAUCUGCUCUCCUUUGAGAAGGCUCCUGGCUCCUGCUCUUCCUGCACGGAGGGAAGGAAUGUAAUCAGAAACAGUAUGCAUAGUGAUGUGCUGGUAAAAGAGAACAUACUCCAAAUCUCCUCCUUUUGCCUACAGUUAGGAAACAAAGUCCAUCUUCAGCUGCCAUAACCUCCCAAAGAAAGUGUGUAUUCUCCAA